CUUGAGCCAGCUAUGGACUACUUCAUUAAUGCUGAUAUGCAUCCUAGGAUUGGUUGUCAUCAUAAGGUACUGAACAUGUUUUUCAAGAACGAGGAAGUGGAAUCUGAUCAUCACAAAUGCGAUGCUCUUGAGACCCUGGGUUGUCUUCGGUGUCUCAUCACACAGUCCAACAUCUGUUGCAAUAUUCACACUCCAACAUAUUUUGUCCCAUUCAUCUCCACAAUCCCAAAACAACAAAAAGGACCUUCAUGCUCGCGGCUUGCCAAGUUUUACAUGGCCCUCCUUGAUUCGAAGUUGACUGACACGCUUGAUGGCUGGCGGGAGGAAGCGACUAUCAAGCUCUAUGGCCAUGCUCAUUUGCAUGAUCUUGGACCCGGGGUCAUAAUGCCUAAUAGUAUUCUAGAUCGCAUUGUUGAAUGCGCACAUUUCCUCAAGAUCAAAUCCACAGCUGACUUGGCCAAAGAAACUCGUUGGUCAGGAGCCAACAAACAUGGAGAUGAGAUUAUCGCAUUGAUUCACCAAGUCCACCCACUUCCUAUGCCUUUAACAUCAGCCCUGCUACAGCCUCGUACAAUCUCGUCGAAUACUAAUGCAAGUACAUCAGUCCCUCAUAAUGCAAAACGAAAGAUGCGAUGUAGUGCUUGUGGGGAGGAGGGCCAUAAU